AAAUAGUUUCCUCAGUACAACCGGCUGAAUUGAAUACAAUACAUACACAUUCAACAUGUCACCGUGGAGACUGUUCGCAGUGUGGCUUCUUGCCGAGGGAGCUUGGUGUGCGAGCGAGCUGAAGUUUCCGCCAGGGUUCAAGUUCGGAGCCGCUACUUCUGCUUAUCAAAUCGAGGGAGCAUGGAAUGCCAGUGGCAAGUCGCCGAGUACCUGGGACACAAUAACCCACACCCGACCUCACCACAUCAUUGACCAGAGCAGCGGCGACAUCGCCUGCGACUCCUACAACCAAUGGAAGGAAGAUAUAAAAAUUGCUUCUGAUUUGGGACUGGAUUUUUAUAGAUUUUCUAUAUCCUGGCCUCGACUCUUGCCAACUGGGUUCCCGGACGCUAUAAACGAAGAUGGCCGCCGGUACUACGACAACUUGAUCAACGGCCUGUUGGAGAUGGGAAUCGAACCCAUGGUCACCAUGUACCAUUGGGACUUGCCGCAGCGGCUGCAAAAUCUUGGUGGCUGGGCCAACCCCAAGGUGGUGGAAUGGUUCGAGGAUUACGCGCGGGUUCUGUACAAAUUGUAUGGAGACCGCGUGAAGACUUGGAUCACUAUCAACGAGCCUUUCUCCAUGUGUACACUAGGAUACGCUAUGGUCGCCUUCUCAGCCGGUGUUACGGACCAAGACGUCGGGACGUAUCUCUGCAUUAAAAACGUCGUCAUGGCACACUCCAAAGCUUGGAGGCUUUAUGAUCGAGACUUCAGGAACAAAUUCGGAGGUCGGGUGGGCAUUGCCAAUCAACUUUUCUACCUAAAACCGGCAACAAAGGAAGAUGAAGAAAUAGCUUCGUUGGGCCAUGAGUUUUUCUAUGGCCUAUAUUCUCACCCCAUGUACUCUAAAGAAGGAGGCUGGCCGGCUGGCAUAGAGAGAGUCAUAGAGCAGAACAGCAAGAAAGCUGGCUUCGCAAGAUCUAGACUGCCGCCGUUUACUGAUGAAGAAAAAGAAAUAGCAAGAGGAGCAUACGACUUUUACGGCUUUAACUAUUACUCCUCCCGAAUAAUUCGAAGGCGCGGCGAUGAAGAGGAUUUGUUAGCUCGCUCCCCUUUCAAAAAUAUUAGAGAAUUAAACGCCAUAUUGGAAGUUGAUCCCACAUGGAAGAAGUCAAGCAGUUUCUGGUUUUAUGUGUACCCACCAGGCAUGCGUAAACUGCUGUCGUGGGUAAAGGAUCAAUAUGGGGACGUUGAGAUUGUGAUCACAGAGAAUGGAUACUCUUCUACAGGCACUGAACUAAACGACAUUGACAGAAUCAAGUAUUACAGAGAUCAUUUAGAGCAGGUGCUGCUAGCAAUACACAAGGACAAGGUCAAUAUCACGGGGUACACGGCGUGGUCUCUCAUAGACAACUUCGAAUGGAAUGAGGGUUACUCAACAAAGUUCGGACUGUACGAAGUGAAUUUCAAUGACCCAAAACGCACGCGGACGGCGAGAGACUCCGCCAAGUAUUACAAAAACGUGAUCAAAACUAACGAUAUUGAAAUACCAAAGAGUUUUAACAUUAUCUCUGAUGAAUUGUAAAAAGUAAUGUUUUAUACAGGGUGCUGGGGAGUAUUUACCAUAACUUCAAGGUGUUGACAAGUCCACUUAGAGGAGCCGAACUGGAUAGCUAAUAUUUUUUAACUAAUAAAAACUUUUUGUUUUUAUACAAAUUAAUUCAAAUAAUUCCGGCUUUACAUGUAACUCACGCCUUUAUUAUAAUAUGGCUACGUCAUAUUUAUAAGGACGCGUAUAUCUAUUUACAAAAGAAAUAUUAUUUACUCCGAAAAUAUUAAAUUUAAAACACAUGUUUAAGAGUAUUUAUGACAUGUUAUUUGAACAUUUUUAAUUAAUUUUCGGUAAAGAAUAUAACCUCAAAGUUAUGGGAAAUACUCCCCAGCAACCUGUAUAGUCCAAUAGCAUGUUAUGGUCAGACCAUCGUUUAUAAAAGCUGACAGACACUUUCGUGGCAACCGUCCGCUGUUAGGUUUAAAAUCCUAUAAUGCCUUUAUGUCCUCUAACGGAUGGUUACAACAAAACUAAGAGUCUGGCGACUGGAGGAAUGGAAUUUAAAAAAAAUACGUCCAUACUUUGACAAUUUGAGGAUCCGGUCUCUUAAAACCUGCUACUUUCCAAAUACACGACAGUCUACACACCGUAAUUGUCUACAUACUUACUUACCAGGACCAAAGGCUGAAAAACUUUCAGUCUUCCUAAACUGGCGCAUGUCUAGCUCCCGCAGACUCUUGUUCCAUACGUAAUACAAUUGUAUACAUACCCCGGUACUAUUUAUCCCAGUGCCACUCUUUUGAGUUAAAUUAAUAUUGGACUAUGCAAGCGAAGCUUUCAUCUUUGAUUGCUUCACUUACCAUCAGGUGAGAUUGUAGUCAAAUUCUAACUUUUAAGGAAUAAAAUAAAACAUCACGGUCCAAAGUUGCCUACCGUACUUAUCUAUGGUAUUUAUGGUCUGACAAACUCUCAGCUUUUGUAAAAAUCAGGAAGAUCUGGCGAUCACAUGGUCAUUAUUUACAAAAAAAAAUCUCGCCAUGUUUCGUAAAAAGGAGGAACUAAUUUCUUCUAAUAGCAUAAUAGGGUUGCAAUGGAAAAAUAUUGUUUUGCCAGUAGCCAGGGUAUUAUGAAAUAAAAAGUAUUUGUAACUAGUUAUAGUAAUAGUAACUUUAUUAAGUUCCUAAGUUGUAAUAUAAUAAAUGUUAUAUUCACGACAAA